CCGUAAAUACCGAGAAAGAUUGAGGUCCCCAAUCUAUCCACGCCUUUAUCCACACGAACUCCACCACAAACACCUUCUUCUUCCUUCUGCUGCUCCAGAGAGCUUUUAACGGCAGAAGAAUGGCUUUUGCAACCUUAACGGUGUCGUUUCAUCUCAAAAUUUCUUCCCCAUUGCGCCCUCCUCAGUCGACUCGGGCCUCCCACGGCCUCUCGGUCCAACUCGCUCCGUGCAACAAGUGGAGCUCGCUGAGACUCGGUUCCUCGCACAGCUUUUCUGGGUUCUUCGGCUCGGUUCUUUCUCAGAAGCUCUCCACAAUCACUCCCCUCCCUCUCAGGCUUCGCUCUCUCACUAUCGUCUCCGCCAAAGGCUACAAAAUGAAGACCCACAAGGCUUCCGCGAAGCGAUUUAGGGUGACGGGUAGAGGAAAAAUUGUUCGGAGGAGAGCUGGAAAGCAACAUUUGCUGUACAAGAAGAACAACAAGAGGAAAUUACGACUCUCCAAACUGCACCCUGUCCACCGGAGUGACUAUGACAAUGUGAUUGGUUGCUUGCCAUAUCUGAAAGUAAAUAGAAAUGCAAAGUAGACAUGAUGUUUACAUUUUAUGAGGGAGGCCCAUCUGUUCUGUAACAUGUUGAUUACUCACAUUUAUGUAAAAGACAAGUGCUUUGAUUGUAUCCUCUCAAGCAAGUUUAGUGCAGUUGGUUUUCCGUAACCUGGAAUUUUUAUCUUGUUAUUAUCAUAUCAAAACUUCCCUACCCUUUUUUUGACCAUUACCACUUGCAGUAUUUGUAACUUGAAUUUGCUAGAGAAUGGUGGUUCCUUUUAUUGCAUUCAAAUGCUGGUUGGCAAAUGUAGCUGAAAAAUAGCUUGUAUACAUUUAGCCAAGUUACUUUGAUCCUGUAUCACUUUUUGCAAGCAAAAUACAGAAAUGUUUUGAUGCAA